UGAUUCAUCACUGCUAAAUACAAUAAUUUGCUUGCACCAGUGUCAUGAUUCCAAAUUACUUGAAGUGAAAAAAAUAUAUUUUUGUCAUCAUCGUUGAACACUACUCCGCACCAACGAUGAUCCCCAUCACUAACAGAAUAUUCCGUUUACUGCGAAGUUGCAAACUGCAUCGCCGCUGCUAUCACGAAGUCAGCGGUGACAUCCUCGUCCCCGGGCAGAUUCGAGGAAUGGACCAUCUUCGAGAUGCUCGACUUAACAAAGGCUUAGCGUUCACGGUCGAAGAGCGCCAGGCGCUCGGAAUUCACGGCCUCCUGGCGGCGCGGGUUAAAACAAUGGACGAACAGCUGGAGAUAUGUCGGACCGCAUUCGCGAACUACAAUCAUGAUUUGAACAAGUACCUUUACCUGGUCGAUCUGCAGGAUCGACACGAGAAGCUAUUUUUCCGGUUAGUUUCCGAGGACGUAGAGAAGAUGAUGCCGAUUGUCUACACACCGACUGUUGGACUGGCAUGUCAAAAGUUCGGUUUGAUUUAUCGACGACCUCGAGGGUUGUUUGUGACGAUUAAUGAUCUUGGCCAUGUGUUUAAUAUUCUGCAGAACUGGCCGGAACCGGAUGUGCGUGCCAUUGUCGUGACCGAUGGAGAGCGGAUUCUAGGUUUGGGAGAUUUGGGAGCUUGUGGGAUGGGAAUUCCCGUAGGGAAGCUGACACUGUACACGGCGCUGGCCGCAAUAAAACCCCAUCAGUGUCUGCCGAUUGUGAUAGAUGUGGGUACUAACAACGAAACAUUCUUGAAUGACCCUUUCUACAUAGGAUUGCGACAGCGCCGUGCCCAGGGUGAUGCCUACGAGCAGUUGAUGGAUGAGUUUAUGGAAGCUGUCGUGCGUCGGUACGGCCAGAAAACGUUGAUUCAAUUUGAGGAUUUCGCGAAUCACAAUGCGUUCCGAUUUCUGGAUAAGUACAGAGACAGCUAUUGUACGUUCAACGAUGACAUUCAGGGGACGGCUGCAGUAGUGCUGGCAGGAAUCUAUGCUGCUCAGAAAGUUACCGGCAAAAAAGUUUCCGAGAAUAAGUUUUUGUUCCUAGGAGCGGGAGGAGCUGCUAUUGGAAUAGCGGAUUUGCUGGUGAAAGCAAUGCUGAACGAAGGAUGCACUUCGGAAAAAGCGUGCGAAAAUAUUUGGAUGUUCGACAAAGACGGUUUAGUUGUGAAGGGAAGGUCUUCGGUAGAGUCUAACGAUCACAGAAUCAGAUACGAAAAAAACCAUCCUCACACGGAUGAUUUUGCAGAAGUGGUGAAGCUAGUGAAACCAUCGGUUCUGAUCGGUGCGUCAGCUGUGACUGGUGCUUUCACCAGGGAAAUUCUACAAAUGAUGACGGAAUAUAAUGAACGGCCGGUAAUAUUUGCACUAUCCAAUCCAACGCCGUUAGCAGAAUGUACGGCACAGCAAGCGUAUGACUGCACCCAGGGAAGAUGUUUGUUCGCUUCCGGUUCACCAUUUCCGCAGGUCAACUUUAACGGGAAGACCUACAUUACGGGGCAGGGAAAUAACGCUUAUAUUUUCCCAGGGAUCGCUCUUGGUGUGAUUGUAUCGGGAACUUAUCACAUAUCGGACAAUUUCUUCUUAAUAGCCGCCAAAGUAGUAGCUGAAAAACUAUCCGACGAAGAUCUCUCGCGAGGUUCCUUAUAUCCGCCACUCAGUGCCAUCAAAGAUUGCUCGCUGGAAAUCGCUCUCGGAGUGAUGCAGUUUGCUUACGAGAAUGGAAUUGCGUCGACCUAUCCGGAACCGGUUGAUAAAAUUGCGUUCAUCAAAUCCCAGCAGUACGACUUUUUCUACGAGAAUGCCUUACCCGCGAGGUGGCAAUGGCCGACGAAGCCAAAAAGGAAAUUUUGUCAGCAGUAUGACAACUGUAAAAAGUAAGUGAUGUGAUAUAUUUUGGAUUUUUUUAAAUAAACAU